AUGCGCAGUUCAGCAUUUCUACUGCUAUGCCCGGCCCUAGUUAUUGCAAACACUGAAAUUGUCAAUUUUGCAGCAAACGCGGCAGCAAACGAUGUCUCAGGGUUGUUGUAUGGACGUGAACUCGAGUGGUCAUGGCUGCACCAACGGACUACAACAAACUGGACAAUGACGCCAGCACCCUUUGGGACGCCCUUAACAGCAGUCUCAGCUGCCCACGAACGGUGGUUUGUAGUUGACCUACCCAAACGAGGAGCAAAGAAGUUCACUCUCAGGUUGUCGUACCCCGCCUCGAGUCCAACAGACUUUUCUGUUGCCAUUUUCGACCCAGCUGACGCGUUGAUUGCUCUUUCACUCUCACCAGCAACCGCUAGCGGCCCAGCUACACGUCGGAAAUAUGCUCGGAUACGUGCUGUCGAUACGGGGGUCCUCACACCUCCAUUCAAACCACAUUCCUCGCGUCUUAUCGAGUUAUUCUACAGUGUCUACUUUCCUGGCUUCUACAGCCAGUCGCCUGGAAGAUCAAACAAGACUGACGUUCAAUUUGUUCUGACGCUCGAGCCAUUAUUGUUGGGCGUGCUUCCGGCAUCGUUGGCACCGCUUGCCAUUUUCAGCAUCAUUCUAUUGGUCGUUGUGGCAAGGACGAUGCUUCCGAGGAUAUCGAAUGGCUUGGAGAAUGUAGCGGCGGAGGCACGGAGGGAAUUGGCUGAGAAGAUGAAGACAGAGUAA